CGAGGCGCUCGCGGGCCAGAGCAGCAUCCCAGACGCGCUGCACGCCCCGCCCGAGCCACACGGUAGCUGGCCGGCGUGGAGAAGAGAGCCAGCGGGCGAACAGGCAGGGAUCGCCGCUCCCGAUGCGCCACGGAGCCCCGCCGAGGAAGAGGGCGGCUGGCACGGGUCAUCCUGCCGCUCACCCAGUCGAUUGCUGCUCGCCUCUGCUCCCUUUCCCCGCCGAAGCCUCGUUCCUCGCCCUGCCCGGUGCGUGGGAAGAUGGUAAAGUGCCUGUAGGACCAUGCCCUACACAAUGCAGUAUGGCUUUCUCCUCCUGGCCUCCUGCUGCUCCCUCCUGAGUGUUGCCCCCGGGUGGGCCUGCCCAGCGCGCUGUGAGUGCGUCCCUCAGCUCAGGUCCGUCACCUGCCAUCGGAAACGCCUGACGUCCGUCCCGGAGGGAAUCCCGACCGAGACCAGGAUCCUGGAGCUGAACAAGAACCGCAUCCGCUGCCUGAACGCGGGUGAGCUCUCCUCCUUCCCCAUGCUGGAAGAGCUCGACUUGAGCGAGAACGUCAUCUCCAGUGUGGAGCCUGGGGCCUUUGGCAACCUCUUCAGCCUGCAAGUCUUGCGGCUCCAACGCAACCAGCUCAAGCUGAUCCCUGCGGGCGUCUUCCACAAACUGGCCAACCUCAGCCUCCUGGACAUCAGCGAGAACAAAAUCGUCAUCCUUCUGGACUACGCGUUCCAAGACCUGAGGAACCUGAAGCACCUCGAAGUCGGGGACAACGACCUGGUCUACAUCUCUCGGAAGGCCUUCUCCGGCCUGCUCAGCCUGCGGGAGCUGACCAUCGAGAAGUGCAACCUGACGGACCUCUCUGCCGAGUCCCUCUCUCGCCUGCAAAACCUGGAGGUCCUCCGGCUCAGGCACCUCGGUGUCAGCCUGCUGGAAGAUCAGAACUUCCGGAAACUCGGCCGCCUGCGGCUCCUGGAAAUCGACAACUGGCCGUUGCUGGAGGACAUUUCAGCCAACGCCUUCCAGGGCCUCAACCUCACCUCCCUCUUCAUCACCUUCACCAACAUCACGGCCGUGCCGGCCACAGCGCUGAGGAGCCUGGGGCACCUGGUGUACCUCAACCUCUCCUACAACCCCAUUGGCAGCGUGCCCAGGGGCUCCUUCCGGGACCUCACCCGGCUGAGGGAGCUCCACAUGGUGGGCGCCCUGCUGGCCUCCGUGGAGCCCCAGGCUCUCUCCGGGCUGAGGCAGAUCCGCCUCCUGAACCUCUCCAACAACCUCUUGUCCACCCUGGAAGAGAGCACCUUCCACUCUGUCAACACCCUGGAGACCCUUCGGGUGGACCAGAACCCCCUUGUCUGCGACUGCCGCCUGCUCUGGGUCCUCCAGCGCCGGAAGACUCUGGACUUCGACGGGCAGCCACCCAUGUGCUCCUCGCCCCUUGAGAUCCAGGGCGACGCCCUGCACGACUUCCCGGACUCCAUUCUCUUCGAGUACUUCACCUGCCAAAAGCCCAAAAUCCGGAACCGCCACCUCCAGCAUGUGAUGGCUCACGAGGGGCAGGCGGUGUCCUUCCAGUGCCAGGCGGAGGGGGAGCCCAGGCCCUCCAUCAGCUGGGUCUCUCCUCAGCAUCGGAUGAUCACCUCCAAGAGUUUGGGCCGGGCCACCGUCUCACCCGGCGGGUCGCUGGAGAUCCGCUACGCCCAGGCCCAGGACAGCGGGACCUACAUUUGCAUCGCCAGCAACACUGCCGGCAACGACACCUACUUUGCCAUCCUGACGGUCAAGGGCCCCCCCACUGAUGGCAACCUGGACGCCAACCGGACCUCGUUGCUGGGCGAGUUCAACGACACUUGGCACAACGACACCCGGGUCUUCGUCAAGUUCACCCUGGACCUCAAGACCAUCCUGGUGUCCACGGCCAUGGGCUGCAUCACCUUCCUGGGCGUGGUGCUCUUCUGCUUCCUGCUCCUCUUUGUCUGGAGCCGCGGCCGGGGGCAGCACAAGAACAACUUUGCCGGAGAGUACUCCUUCCGCAAGGUGGACGGCCCCACCUCAGCUUCCGGGCAGGGCGGGGCCAGGAAGUUCAAUAUGAAGAUGAUCUGAAGGCCCCUGGCCACUACUGGGAGGGAGGGAGGCCACCACUGCCCUGCUCCACCUCAGCGGAACUGCACGGCUGCGGGGGGGUGGGGGGCAGGAAUCAAGGGCUUGCGUCCCACUCCCCACUCAUGCUCUGCGUCAGCACUUGUAAGGCCAGGCCUCCCCCCCCCCCCAGGAUGGGGCAGAGGGGCUGCUCUCCUGGCAGCAGCUGGUCCAGGUCAGCCUGCAGGCGCCGGCAAGAGCUCUCCUUUGGCAAGCAAGUGACCAGCUGCCUCCCACUGCCUGUGGCAGAUGGCCGGAGCAGCUUC